CUGCCAGGUAGCGGAAGCAGCCAGCCGCCGGAGGAGACACUUCACGGCGUGGCAGCCCGGGUCUGCGCCUGAAGCCUCCGGAUCGCAGCCAGCUCGGUCCAACCCUCGCCAGUCGCAAUCCCCUGUGCCCAAGCCACUCUUUGCUGCGAGUGGCAGCAUGCAUGCAGUAUCGCGCCCUGGGCUCUGAGAGCAGCCCGCGGAACGCUUGCCUGCCUGUCUCUAGGUUUUGGGGCUCUGGGCUACACGGAUGUGCCCUAUUCCCUUGGCAUGAUGGGGAUCUUUUUGGCGUCUGUUGGAUUUAUGUUCUUUUCCGUGUUAUAUGUACAACAAGGGCUUUCUUCUCAAGCAAAAUUUACCGAGUUUCCGCGAAACGUGACUGCGACCGAAGGGCAAAAUGUGGAGAUGUCCUGCGCUUUCCAAAGCGGCUCUGCUUCGGUGUACCUGGAGAUCCAGUGGUGGUUCCUUCGGGGACCAGAGGACCUGGAGCAAGGGACAGAGGCGGCAGGCUCGCAGGUGGAGCUCUUACCCGACAGAGACCCGGACAACGACGGGACCAAGAUUAGUACAGUGAAAGUCCAAGGCAAUGACAUCUCCCACAAGCUUCAGAUUUCCAAAGUGAGAAAAAAGGACGAAGGUUUAUAUGAGUGCAGGGUGACUGAUGCUAACUACGGGGAGCUUCAGGAACACAAGGCCCAGGCCUACCUGAAAGUCAAUGCCAACAGCCAUGCUCGGCGGAUGCAGGCCUUUGAAGCCUCGCCUAUGUGGCUACAAGACACGAAGCCUAGAAAGAAUGCCUCCUCGGUGGUUCCCAGCAGCGUCCACAGCUCUGCCAACCAACGAAUGCACUCCACCUCCAGCCCUCAAGCGGUAGCCAAAAUCCCCAAGCAAAGUCCACAAUCAGCAAAGAGCAAAUCGCCUGUAAAAUCUACGGAGCGGACAGCAAAGUUGACCCUAAACUCCAAGCACCAUUCUGCACCCCUGUACUCUAGUUAUCUACACAAGGAGCAUCAGCUUCCGGAAGCAUAAGUGAAGACAUUAUCACACGCUUUAUUGAUAAUAAUUUUCUUUGGGAAAGUGGCUCAUCUUUUGUUUCAAGAGAAUUGAUGUGAAGUGAUAGGACAUUUUCUAAUUGCAAGAUCAAUUUUUUUCCUCUUUUAUUUCAACAAAUAAAACCUGAAUUUCACUGACUGCUCAGGAGUUGGCCUGGACGACAUGAGUAUACUAAAUAUCUCCAUGGAUUCCACCAAUUUCCUACCAAGGGACACCUAAUCUGCAAGAAACAAAGAUGGAAAUCCUAAGAAACAAAAACUGCCUUCAAACAGCACCCCAGCUGGAGAACAAAACAAAAAGCAAAACGCUGAACACGUCAGAUCAACAACAGACAACUUGAUUUUACACAUGGAAUAAUCAAAGAAAGUCCUUUCUCACUUCCUCUUUGCCCCGUGGAAUUUUUCUUGGAGUUUCCCUUCUUUUCCUUGGUUGCCGUUUUUGUUCAAUGGUAGCAAGUGCCAAUUAUGGCCAAUCCUUGUCAAUCCUGGGAGGUUUAUAUUCGUACAUAUCGAGUGUGGUAUAUUUCAAUGUAUUUUAAUUCAUUUUGCAAUUUCUGUAUAUGCAAACCUGGCAAAUUCUGUAAAUUGCUUAUAGUAUGUGUGAUAUGACUUCAAGGUAGAUAGGUUAUGAUGCUCAUGCAAGCUGACUCUCUUCAUUCUAUAUACAAAUAUAUACAUGAGCAUAUAUUAGGCUACCAACUUCUUUUCCUAAAGCAUUUAUUUUUUCAUUUGUAACUCAUGUAUUGUGUGAAUUUUGUAGCGUAUUUCUCUGUCCCACUGAUUUGACAGCUACAGUUUGUCUCUGUUGUCCUCUGCUUCCUUCUGGAAAUAUCUAAAAUUGUGUAUGUCUCUGAUAAAUGAAUUAAUUUUGUUCUGUGUAUGCUAUGUUGGAAUUUGCUGUGUUCUUUUACACAUGUGUUUAUUAAGGUCUGGGGAUCUUGAAUCUGAGGAAUGCACACCUAGUUUUUGACAGAUCCCCUCGUGUUAUCAAUAUUCUAUCUCAGAGAAAAAGAAAGGCCAAGUGUGAGAACUAAGAAGACAUUUUGACUCCCCAAGAUCCUGGAAGAGCACUUCACACUCUGACUAAAUAAUGCUGCUUCCUUUGUUCUUCAAGACUUUUUUCAUAGCUUUGUCAUUCUGUUAUUUGCUGCUAAUUAUAUUUUAAUGUCUACUAAUUAAAAAUUAAAAUGUGAUUGUUGGCUGAAUACAAUAUGCAAAUGACUGCAAAGCCCAUACUGAAGAAGAUAGGUGUUUAAUCUUCACUCAAUAAUUAUAAUUUUAAAUAUUCCACCGUUAUUUUUUGACUUUAUGAUAUUUUGUUUAGACCUGUUCUAAUUACAUCUUUCUCUGGCAAAGAAAGAUAGAACAAUCAAUGAAUUCCCUCUUAGUAUGGAAGGGUUGUGGCUUAAGAAAGAACACAUCCAGAUAGUCUUCCAGAGAUAAUAAUUUAUUUUCAUUAUAAAACCAGAAACCAUAUAUGUAGGAAUGGUCCACUCCCAACGUAAGGCCCUAAAUUGUAGCUUGAAGGAAAUGAGUUUAUUUGCUUUUUUAUGGUAAACGACUGGACUCUGCCAUGCACUUAUAAGCAAUGUGAAUAUUUUCAUAACGUUCUUGACAUUCUCCUUUAAAAAAUAUUGUUUUAUGCUAAAUCUUUCCUUGCCAUUUUUCUUGUUUCAUUUGAUUCAUUAUUUCAUUCUAAUAAAGAAAAUAAAGGUUUAAUUAUACUUUAUUGACAUACAAAUGUAUUUUCAUUCUAAAGAUAUUUAGAUAUUUCUAAAUAUCUGAAAGUUGUAUAAAAUGAUGAUGGAUAAAUAUUAUCUGUUCAGUGUCUUUAAGCUUUAAAAAUCCCAUACAUUACAGUAUAUAUUAGUAUACUGAUUUAAAGUCAAUCAAACUGGGAAAACACAUCUUGUAUUAUACUUUUACUCAAUGUCCAGGUAAUGGUAUCAGCUAAUUUUACAGCAAGUCAAACUUGUACCCUUAUCAUAAAUGUUCACCAUGCUUGUAAUAAAAGGACAUAUGCUAGUUUGGGAAGAAUGCUCACUAGAAUCAUUGUAUCAGUGUCCAAAAUAAUAAAGACCUGUUUAUCACUGUGUGACCAAAGUC